CCGCUGUCACCGUCACCGCCACCGCUGUCACCAGCCGGCUCCGGUGCGACACCCCCGCAGCGGCAGGUACCUUUGCUGAGAGGUGGCAGAGCAGCCUCACAACAGCGCCAUGAUGGAGGAUCACGCACCUGGCCAGGAAAAACACUUCUCCUCAGGCUAUCCCCUUCAGAUACCAGUCGAUGAUGGAUUGGAUGAGCCUGUUUCUGAAACAUCUGACGCUAAGAGCACCCCAACUACGGAAGAUGCCACAGCACCUUUAGUGGAGGAAGGAGACCACGAGGAUCAGGGUGGUGUGGAACAGCACGGGGAGAUCCCAGAAGGAACCACAGCUGAAGAGGCGGGCGUAGGAGCCACUCCCAACCUGGAGGACCACGCUGCAGGAGAUGCCACUCAAGCUCCAGGCGAGCCGAGCUGUCCAAAGCUCCAGCCUGGCCCUGAGGAGCGUGUGGCAGAGGCAGUGAAAGGUGCCAGCCAGCCCCCAGGGCAGGGACUGGGGCUCCAGCAGCCACCUCUGUCCCGGGAAACGAAGGCUCCGGCAGCAGCUCCCACCAGAAUCGAGGUCACCAUCCCAAUCCCCCUGGACAUGUACCAAGGCUCCGGAGCACCCGAAGGCAGCAGUGAGUUGUGGGAUCAGGGAGGCAGAGAAGGCGCCGCUGUGGAGCCAGAGCUGGGCAUGGAGGGCCUGGCAGGAGCAGGUGGCACAGGUGACCAUAAAGAGGGACCAUCUCCUUUGUGUGCCAGAGCCACGGUAAAGGAAGAUUCCUUUGGACGGGAGAGAGAUGAGGAUCGGGAUAUUGAUGAAACUUCUGAACAGGGUUUGCCUUCCCUUGGGGAUCAGCGUGCUUCUCUGGGACCUGCAAAGGGCUCGUGUCCAGCAGCUGCCCCGGAGACUCGUGAAGAAUAUGAUGGAGAAAACAAGUCCAAAGUUGUCCUCAGAGACAGCCCAGGAGAGGCACUUCUGGCUGAAGCCGAGUCCCACAAAGCAGGAGAGGACCAAGAGAAGCCACAGCUGCUGGAGGGAGAAGGAGGUCCAGACCUCACUCUGCCAGAGCCUUCUGAAAAUGUCUCCCAAAAAGAGGCUGAGCCCAAGGAGGGAGAAGAUUCUGGGCCAGUGCUAGAAAGAGCCCAAGUCCCUGCUGAGGCAGAGCACGGUGGGAAGGACAAAGAUGCUCCUUUGGAAGAGGCUGUGCCGGAUGCCAGGGGCCACCGGCCGCCCAGGAGGAAGCCCAGUGGCCCGGUGGCUGCAGACAAGGCCACUCGUGUCCCUCUGCUCAAAGGUCGUGUUGACAAGGAAGGGACUGAAGCUGAUGAAAAGAAAUCCAAGAAAUCCUCACCUUGCCCUGCCAAACCCCCUGGCUCCAUGCCCCCCCUCCGACACGCAGCCCCUCUGAAACCACCCUCCAGCCCUGCCUGUGCCUCCAAACGAGCCUGUCCUGCCACCCCCCGGCCUGCCAGCACAGCAAUGCAGGAAACAAAGGCCAAGGGCCCGGAGGGAAGGGCUGGCUCCAAGACGGGCUCGGCGCGCGCGGGGCAGGCGCAGAGGAACUCCAGCAACGCCACCCGCAUCCCGGCCAAGACCCCCACGGCCCCCAAGACCCCUCCCAGCUCCGGCAGAAAGGAGCAGAAAAAACCACCUCCUGCAGCAGCAAAGACUGAGAAAGGUGAGCAGCCCAAGUCCGGAGACAGAAGCGGUUACAGCAGUCCCGGCUCCCCCGGGACUCCAGGCAGCCGUUCCCGCACCCCCUCUCUGCCCACCCCACCAGCCAGGGAGCCCAAGAAGGUGGCAGUGGUUCGCACCCCUCCGAAAUCUCCGGCCUCUGCCAAGACCCGCGUGCAGCCGUCGGCCGCGCCCAUGCCCGACCUGAAGAACGUCAAGUCCAAAAUCGGCUCCACUGAUAACCUGAAGCACCAGCCUGGAGGGGGCAAGGUGCAGAUAAUUAAUAAGAAGCUGGACUUUAGCAGCGUUCAAUCCAAGUGUGGCUCAAAGGAUAAUAUCAAACACAUCCCGGGCGGAGGCAGUGUGCAGAUAAUUAAUAAGAAGCUGGACUUUAGCAGCGUUCAAUCCAGGUGUGGCUCAAAGGAUAAUAUCAAACACAUCCCGGGCGGAGGCAGUGUGCAAAUCGUUUACAAGCCAGUCGACCUGAGCCAUGUGACAUCCAAAUGUGGUUCCCUGGGCAACAUCCAUCACAAACCAGGUGGUGGCCAGGUGGAGGUGAAAUCUGAGAAACUGGACUUCAAAGAUAAGGUGCAGUCAAAAAUCGGGUCCCUAGAUAACAUCAGCCACGUCCCUGGAGGAGGCAAUAAAAAGAUUGAGACUCACAAGCUGACCUUCCGCGAGAACGCCAAAGCCAAGACCGACCACGGCGCCGAAAUCGUCUACAAGUCCCCCACCAUCUCCGGAGAUGCCUCCCCGCGCCGCCUUAGCAACGUCUCCUCCACCGGCAGCAUCAACCUGGUGGACUCCCCCCAGCUGGCCACGCUAGCCGACGAGGUGUCCGCCUCGCUGGCCAAGCAGGGCUUGUGAUCACGGCACGGCGGCCACCAGGAGAGAAGACAAGGAAAGGAAACAAAAAAAGAAAAGAAACAAAAAUAAUAAUCUGGCCUUCUUCCUCUGUUCCUUUUACAGCUGCUUCCCCGUCCCUAACUGGUUAAUGAUUUAACCUGCUUUUACUGUUCAUUCAGCUCUAGCUCCAGGACUUCAAAAUCAGUGACACUAUGAGGUACAAAACCUCCUCUCCCCCUGCUCCUCGGAGCGCACAGCCCGUCCCCGUCCCCGCUCCUGCCGUGUCCCUCGCUGUCCCAGCCCCGCCGGGGCCACCCGGGAAUGCGGGGAGGGGGCCCGAGGGGCGGCCACAGCACGAGGCUGACCCGAGCACCCCUCACCAGCACCGGGCACCGGGCGGCCGUCCCGGGAAGGGGCUGUGCCCUCGCCCAGCUCGUGCCCUGCCGGCCCGCACGGGUCCGGGGGGCACAGCCAGGGCUGCGGGGAGCUGCCCUCCACCUCCCUUCCCCCCCGCGUUAAAUUUGCCUGCUGAUUUGGAAGAAACCUUUUGUUUUUAUUUCCGAAAGCCGAGAUGUGUAUGAAGAUAACGGCCAGGUACCCCCAAAGCCGCUCCCAGCUCGGGCAGCUGGAGCUGAGGCGAUGCCGGGUGCCCGCCCCGGGGGCCCCGCGCCGCUCCCCUCUCCGUGGCCGUGCUGGAACCGCUGAGUGGAUGAGUAGAGGCUUUUCCCCAUUCCUUUGGCAGCCCCUCGUGUCGUAGAGUAGAUUUGUCUGUAUAUGCUUGGACCGUGCCAGGGUGAUUGUUUUCAUAAACGAGCAUGUGUUUAAAAAAUAAAUGCUGUAAGUAGUUUUGA